CCAUCUGCGGGCAUGUGCCAAGCAGGCCAAAGGCAUGCGGCGCGUGCACCCGAUGGAGAUCGACGGGGAUGUGAUGCAGAUUUUGCCGUCGACACCCUCCGCAGCAAUGAAGGCGGACCAGGGCGAUCGCCUUCGGCAUCACGACUGGAACAGAACGGCCGAUGAGACGAAGGUGACGUCGCGGACCCUGCGCAGGCACCCGACCAAUCGGAGCGACGGCAGUGCCGAAAGCCAGAGACCCGCCGCGGAAAACAUGAUGAGCCAUGUCCAGGCUCAGCGGGAGGGCUUGCCGACGCUGAAGCCUGGAGUGGUCGUGGACAGGAAGAACUUGAGGCUGUUGUUCGGAGCGCGCGGUAGGGGAGGGUGCCGCGCAACGGCCUUGGUCGAGCGGGGCGGCCGCCGGCGGGAUUCUCAGCAGCAGUACGCGGAGAAGACGCAGACGGUCAUCAUCUUCGAUUGGGAUGACACGCUGUUCCCAACUGCAUAUGUGAGACACGAUCUAGGCCUCUCCACCCGAAAGCACUUGAGGCACCAGGACCUCAGGCCCGAUGCCAUGUCGCAGGUCCAGGCCACGCUGGCGAGAGCCGCGGGUGCCGCCAGCCAGCUCCUCCGGUUGGCGGCCAGGCGCGGGAAGGUUGUCAUAGUAACUCUGGCCAGGAGCCCCUGGGUCACCGCCUCGUGCAUGCACUUCUACCCGGGCAUCGGCGAGCUGAUAGAUGAGCUCGGCAUCCAGGUUGUUUAUGCUCAGGAAGGCCAGCAGGUAGAGUACGACAAGGUAGACAUGAUGGCCACUGAACAGUUCGAGACUUUUUGGGCCGAAAUGAAGGGCAAAGCCAUUGCCGAGGCGCUGAGGGAGUUCUACUCCCAGUACGAGGGUCAGUCCUGGAAAAACAUCAUCUCCCUGGGAGACUCUGACUUCGAGCGAUGGGGCGCGAUGGCGGCGGCGAGGCAGUAUGCCGAAGCCCAGGGCCUGGUCAGUGACAGCAGUGUCUUCCCGGGCACCAGGUCGAGGGCGCUGGGUGCACGCCGGGGCCCGUUCAGCGCCGUGGGCGCGCAGCUGUCCGUGUCAAGCGUCAUGCGUUACAUCAACCCCGGCCGCGGGAGGAGGAUGUCGUGGGAGGGGACCAUCAGUGGCCAGAAGUUCAAGGUUCGGACGAAGACUUUCAAAAUGCUGGACGAGCCGACGGUCGAGGAGCUUGUCGUGGAGCUGAACUUGCUGCAUCAGUGGCUCCCAAUGAUGGUGAUGCUGAACGACAGCUUCGACGUCGACCUCAACAGCCUGGAUGACAAGGCACACCUCGAGAAUAUUGAGAACACGUUGCGACCGCUAGACUCAUGA